CCCCUGAGAAGCAUCAGCUGAUCUUGACAGCUGAUUCGCGUCGUCGGGACGUUCGCUACGAAAGAGAAAGAAGAAAAAAGAGAAGAGAAAUAAGCCAAAAUGCUGGAUAAUGAUAGAGGAGAGUUGGCUUUGUUGCAGCAAGAAUUUGACUGGGUGCUCAGUGAGGAAGUUCCAAGGGUUUUUACACAAGUGAUGCAAGUUCUUAAGGAAUGCUGUACUCACUUCCCUGUCCCACUGUGUGGUAAUGAGACAGCUGUCAAACAAGAGAAGUUCAUAAUGUCUACAGCUGCACACAGCACACAGGACCAAGUCAAGUGUGUAGUCACCGUGACUGGAGACACCAUUAGCCAAGCAGACAUCAACAUGAAGGUGGCCAAACACCAGAACCAGGUGCACCGGACCAGUGUGACACCCGAUGCCCCAUGGCGGAUACAACAGAUUCAAGAUGCAGGGAACUUUCUGCAGCUUGCAAUACAGUUCUUGCAAGGACAUGGAGCUAAUAACUCUUUUAAGACAAGUAGUGAGGUGUUGAAUGUGCUGGGUCAACUAAUCAAGAUGCUGCAGACUGGCCGUAGCAGCCUUCUCAUCCCUCGGAAAAAGACAAUUGAUGAACUUCUAAGUAGCAGAAAUAUGAAAUCCCUGACACCUCCUUUGCCAGGGGAUUUGGCAGUAAGCUUUUACAUUCAAGCUCACAAACUGGUGCUUGCUGUGUAUCACCUCUCAAAUGCUGCUGGAACCAUGAAGUUUGAGAGUGUCCAGGCUGAAUGUGCUGUACCUUGGCUUAGCCCUGUUCUUGUAUGCUUUACAACAGCUUUACAUUUAGCUCACCAGCUGAGAGAUAAGAUUUCUGUUUUCUCACAGUUCAAAGAUUUCACUCCUGAUUCCUGUAGUGUUUCAACAAUAUCAUGCUGAAACACAGCAGCAUAGUUGUAAGAUCGGCUGAAUUUACUCUAAAUUACUCUGUUAGAUAUUAAGAAGAAACAUAGCUGCUUCCCCAGUCCCUCAUCUUCUUCCUUGUUCUUUGCCUCCUCUUCUGCUUUCUCUGCUUCUUCUGCUGGUUCCUCCUCUUACUCCCUUCUCUCUUUGUCUCUGCUCCCCCUUUUCUGCUCUAUAACUGUAAUGCUGCAAUAGUUUUCAUGUACAGUGGAAGUGGAAUAUUUUCUAGCUAUAUUUAAACCUAUUAUCAGAAUUCGCAAACAUGUACAACAACAAAAAAUGUAUUUGUAUUUUAGGGAUAUAGGCCUUUAGUACUUUGAGAUGUCAAAAAACAUGUGAAGAGAGACAGUAUUCCAAAUUACUUAGAAAGUAUGUGAAAAACUCUUCUCCAUUAUAUUAUUUUUGUUAUAUUUUGAUUAACUUUGUUAAUGAGAAACGUGUAAAGUGGUUGCAGUGUUCCUUGUGAAUUAUUGCACACCAACUGAACUUGUAUAGAAAAAUAUAGAGCACUCCUGGUUUCCUAUGUAAAUAGCUAGUACCAAUUGUAGUCUUGUACAGUUAUUUACUCUUAGUCAUGUAUUGUUCAUAAUCCAGUCCCUGAGCUGUCAGCAGCUGUGUAUUGGAGCACAAUAUUAGUGUUCAUAAUUACUUGUAAAUGGUUGAUGUUAGAAGAUAUUUGAAAUAGGUUUGAAUGUGAAGUGAUGUAUAUUUCAUGUGCUGUGUAUAUAAGGUUAUAUUUCAUAAACCAGAUAUUAAAAUGUUACUAUAUUUUAGAUUUUAAAAGUUCAAAAGUAAUUGAGUGUGUUCUGUCUUGUUUUGUGAUUUUUUUUUUUACAAUUAGAUGGCUCCACAAGUUGUCAGUGUGUAGUUCUAACUGACCACAGCUGAUUUUGGUGUAUUUGUUCCAAAUUCCAUUAAUAUCAUUACUGUUAUUAUUAUUUUUAUUUUAAUGUUGUUAUUAUUAUUAUCAUCAUCAUCAUUACUGUUAUUAUCAUUUUCAUUAUUAUUAUUUUUAUUGUUUUUUUUAUUAUUUGUAACUUAUUAUUCUAAGAAUAAAACACAGGUAAGCUCAGGUAGGACUAGUAAUUAAGUCCUUGAUUAAGCAGUUGUGGGGCCAUCUAUACAUACACAAAAUUGAUAAAUUAAAAUCACAUUGGACAUGGUAUGUAUGAAUGCUAUCCAGGCAUCAGUGUGUUAAGUGAAGUGUAUUUCUUUUUUAUAUUGCAUGAUAAAGAUAUUAUUACCAAGUCAUUGGGGUAAUGUCCAAAGCAGAAUUUGCAUGUGUGUGUUAUUUUUGUUUUUGUGUGUGGUUCAUAGUUACUGAUGAACAUUGGUAUUUAUUAGGGAAUGUAGCCAGGAGAUGAUAAAUGUUAUUCAGAGAUUGAAGUAAUUCUGGCAUUUAGGUAUAUUUAUUAAGAAUAAGCUGUUUUGUGUAAUAUGAUUUUGUGAUUGUAAAUUAUUGAUUAUGUAUACUUGAACUUCUAAAGGAAUCUGAAAUUGAUUAAAUAUUAACAGUAUA